AUGAAUACAGACCUUCCUAAUCCUCCUCUAGCUUAUUUUUCUGUUAUUUGGUAUUUAGUUCUAUUAGUUGUUAUUGUAUUUGAAGUGUAUUGGAACUAUAUACAUCCACCAUUUACUAAAACAUUUAGUAUUUUUGUUUUGAUUGAAAUAAUUUUUUUAGUAUGUCAAACUUGUUGUUUAUGUUUAUAUGCUUACUCUACUACUCAAAGUUGUGUUAUUUAUUUAUUACAACGAUUUUGUGAUAUAGUUCAUAUUUUAUCUUUAUUCAUGUCAUAUUGUGUUUGGGGAAAUGGUUAUUUCAAAAAUGUAACUUAUGGAGUUAAAACAGCAUGGAACAGUUUAAAAGCACCUUAUUUUAUAUUAUUAGCAAUGAUAUUAUAUGACAUUAUUUCUAUAUCCCUUUCAAUUUCAUUUACUAUAUUAUCAGGUGAUUGUACUGUUUGUUAUUAUUAA